CAUUUUUAACUCACGCCUUGUUUCGUGAAGUAACCGCAAGGUUCAGCACCUUUCGCACAACGAAACAUGACACAGAGCCCGAGUAUGUUGCGGUCUGCUGCGGCCGAGGCGGGCGACGGUCUGCGGCUGUCGGCCUCGUACGACAUCAAGUCGCGCGCGUCCUCAGCUUCGUCAGUGUCAAUCUCCCCAGCUUCGGCCAGCCGGUCGCGCAGCCUGGCCGCGCCGUCGUCGCGUCACCGCUCAGUACCUCACGACGUACCGUUGCGCUUCCACUGGGCCGGCUAUCUACAGAAGCGCAGCGAUUGGCUUAAGCACUGGGAGACGUAUUACUUCGUGCUGCGCGGCCGCUCUCUCUACUGCUAUCUGUCCGAGGAAGACGCACGCCGCCAGAACGCCAAGUCCAAGAUCAAGAAGGGCAAAUUCGGCUUCUCGGACCGCGUGUCGCUCGUCAAGGCCUGGGACGUCGAGGAUGUGUUGGGCGUGGCCACCGGCAGUACAUCUGGCCAAACAGGAUCUACAGCCUCCACGCCGGUGGCGGGCGCUGGCCAGGCCGGGGAAGCCGGGGCCGACGCCGUGACCGGGACAAGCCCAUCUCCUAGUAAUGGCCCGGACUCCGAGUCCGCCUUCAGGUUCACGCUGGCCACGCAGAAGGGCCAUCAGCUACACUUCCGCACCAACUCGGAGGCCAGCAAACACGCGUGGCUGCAGUUCGUGGCCAACGCAAUCGCCGACCAUGAUCUCUCGGGCCACAUGCGGCCGGCCGUGCAGCGAUUGCGCACCAAUGUGGAGGAUUUUUACAGGGGAUACGAGUACUUCUACGCUUCUCUGUGUGCCAGAGUGACGGCCGACGAGAGGGGAGUACGGAUGGACGUGCCUCCGUCGCCAUCUGCGGCAGGGCCGGGCACACCCGGCGGGGCCACGGAGGAGACGGACAGGUCCAGCCUUACACUGACGCUACCAAGCGGCAAAAAGCCGACGGCGUCAUUCAUGUCGGUGGCCCCCAACCAGCCUUUUGCGAAGACCAACGUGCUUCCUCCAAUGGACCACGUGCUGGUGCGCUUCUUCUCUCUGUUAAAGUCCGAUGUGAUCCUACGCAGCAACUACCUGCCUAUGGUCCCGUUUGAGGGCAAAUACCGUGGCUUUGGCGGUAUCCUCGAAUACUUUUCGAGACUAUCCCAGUCGGUGCAGGUCGAGCAGUUUAUUGUGGAAAGUAUCCAGAUGGAGGAGGACGAGGAGCAGAACGAGACUCCAGACUACGAACCUCGUCACCGCCGGAAUCGUAACCGGGUGGUAGUCAUCUCUGGAACGGAAACGAUGCAGGUACGAUACAACCAGACGACGUUUAUGCAGCAAUGGACGCACAAGCUCCACUUUAAGCCGAACGAUGGCGGCCGAGUGAGUCGCUGGGAGAUUUUCGGCGAUGUUGUGGCCUCCAGCGUCGUGUUCAAAGCACCCGGUUGCACGACGAACCUCACGUUGCCAUCACUUGCCGAACGUAUCCGUGAAUCAGUGGUCGGUGGAUACGUGGUUUCAAUUAAUCUGUACCAGAUCACGGAUGUUCGGUCGCGCGAACUGCAGGGCGAUGAGUUUUUCGUACGUUGUUCACUGGAUACCAACGAGUUUGAAGGCGUUUGGCACACGGAGGCUCAGUCUCGGGCGGCUCCUCCAGUGGAGUGUCCGGCCGACUCAAGUGAACUCGCACCGUCGUGGUCCUACAAUUACCAGCAGGAGCUGUUCUUGCAGUUCGAUCGACUCUCGCGCGAUGACAACACAGUGCUGCUCAUUGAGUGCUGUCGAAACUCGAAUCACGAGGUUGUUGCUCGCACGCACGUGAACUUGGCCAAGUUUUUGAACGGAAGCAAUGGAAGCAGCAGUUUUAGCUCUGGUAGUACGAUUUCCAGUCGCUUGAUGGGACGACGAAGCAGGAGGAAAACGGGAAGCGUUUCAAGAGCAGGAGAGCUGCAUAGUUACGUGCUGUCGAACGACCACCAGAGUUUCUUUGGUAAACUGCAGCUAGGUCUCACUAUCUCGUCCAUGUCACAUCGCUCGGUCUCACAACGUUCCUCGACGUCGAGUUUCCGGGAUAGCUAUCGAGACAGCUUCUGCUCCGACGACGGCAGUGUUGGAGCGACUUCUCUCGCGUCAUUCGAAAGUCCGUCCGCUGCACGUACCAGUUUCCGCUCGUUCACUAAGCUGACGCAGCAGUUCUCGCCCCCUGGAGAGGAAGUUAUGCACCAGUUUGUAAUCAAUGGCGUACGGUAUCAAUUGGCGGAGAAGUACCGCAUGGUCAAGAUCGUAGGGAAAGGCACGUAUGGCGAGGUGAUCGCAGCAAGCGACUUUGUACAUGGCGGCACGUUUGCGAUCAAGAAACUGGGCCAGUUCUUAAGGCAUCCGAAGGUGGCGUUGCUGGCUCUACGCGAGAUCAAGCUGAUGAGCGAGAUUGGCACACACCCGUGUCUUAUGGGCCUCCACGAGCUGCAGCGACCUCUAGAUUUUGAGCACUUCGAAGAUCUGUACAUCAUCCAGCCGCUCAUGGAGACGGAUUUGUGUCGUAUUAUUCACUCAAAGGAGAGUUUGAGUGACGAUCAGGUGCAGUAUUUCCUGUACCAAAUGCUCUGUGGCAUUCACUAUCUGCACUCCGCGGACGUUUUGCACCGCGACAUUAAACCCAGCAACAUCCUCGUCAACUCGGACUGUCGGAUCAAAAUCUGCGACUUUGGCCUUGCGCGACACGCGAACGACCGGGAUCUGGCUGAAGGACUGUCGGAGUACGUGGUUACACGGUGGUACCGAGCUCCCGAACUGCUACUGGCAAACGCGUACACCAAGGCUAUCGACAUGUGGUCGAUCGGCUGUAUCUUCGCUGAGCUGUUGGGUCGGCGAAUCAUGUUCCCAGGAACGUCCUACGUAGACCAACUGAAGGUUAUUGUGGACAUUGUGGGCACGCCUACGACAUUCAGCUUCUGUGAUAACCCCGUGGCGCGGCGCUAUGCCGGACGACAGUUCCUCAUUCAGAACCCACAUGUGCCUAAGGUGGACUGGGCCCAGAUCUUCCCGGAAGCCAACCCGGACGGCUUGGAUCUGCUGGAUCGCCUGCUUCAGUUCGACCCGGCCAAACGUAUCACGGCCGCCGAGGCACUGGAGCACCCGUACGUGAGUCAGUGGCGCGAUCCGCUGCUGGAACAGCCGUGCAAUGCCGAUGUCGCGACCAAACUGACGCAGUUCGACUACGCGCAGAUGACGUACGAUCCGCAGAUACUCAAGGAAUUGCUCUACCAAGAGGUCAUGAAGGCUCAGCACCCUCCACCCCAGCAUCAGGAGACCAUCGCAGAGUAGACAGACCUGUACCAUGUAGACAAGCGAGAACCGUUAGGCAGUGAGGACACAGUAAACAACAAGCAUCAUAACUACUAGUUAACACAGCGACGAGAAUGCCUUGCAGACUUACAUUCGGCCAAGUUGCAGUGCGUAAUAGCCACUCUUGAAAGAAAAAUACACUUGUACAAUGGAAACUCUCCAUUGGAAAGAAUCAUGCAACGGGUC